CCAGAACAAACCGAUCGGUUUGGAGGAGAAGAGAAACAAAAUGAUAGAAUGUCAGUGGCAACUGUGGCAUCCUGCAACUGUAUACCCUACAGCACCUGAAAAACUCAUUGGAUUUGGAGGACAUGUUUCCAAUCCCCUAACUUCCUCUCUUUCUCCCCACACUUCUCUCUCUUGCACCAAGUUCAAAUCCACCAGCUACUUAUGCAGCUCCAAACAUUGUUUCAAGUGCUUGUGACAAAACUGAAAGUACCCAUGAACCCUCUUCCCAGGGGUUUUCGGCACUGGCAGCAGAUGCUCCAUGGGACUAUGGAACUGUGUGGAGCACUAUGGCUUUCUAUAUGUUCAGUUUGCACAUCCCUCUGAGUUUUGGAUGGUUGUCUGUGGUUGCUCAUCUGUUGCAUGAACCUGUACCUGAUCCACAGACAGAGGCAAUAUCAUUGCUUGGAGCUCAAACUCUAGAGCUCAUUGCAGCUCUGCUGCUUCUGCAGAGUACUGCCAAGCCACAAUAUAAGUUUGUGAAUUUCUUCAAAGCUAACAAACUAUCAAAAGAGAGGAGCUGGCUGUUGGCAUCUGUCGUAGGAUUUGGGUUUCUGUUCAUGUUGGUUUUCCUAACUUCCUUCCUUGCUGAUAGAGUCGUUGGCCCCAAGGAUAUAAACAACCCCGUUCUGAAGGAAAUCUUGUUGAGCAGCAACAUCUCACAAGCUGCUUGUGUCCUCGUAUACUGCUUUAUCACUCCCGUGCUGGAAGAAACUGUUUACAGAGGAUUUUUAUUGGCGUCAAUGUUGUCCACUACGAAAUGGCAGUCAGCAGUUUUGAUAAGCUCAGCUAUUUUUAGUGCGGCACACUUAUCUGGUGAGAACUUCUUACAGUUGUUCGUCAUUGGAUGUGUACUUGGAUGCUCCUAUUGUUGGACUGGAAACUUGAGCUCUCCCAUUUUAAUACACUCUCUGUACAAUGCCAUGACCUUAAUGAUAACAUUCUUGUCCUGAGCUCUCGCUCGAUUUCAUAACCAUUGUAAUUAACUCACUAUAUUUCAAACUUUCAGUUUCAAGAACAUAAACCGGUACAAAACUCUUCCAAGAUUUUGUUUUCCGUUCUCUUUUUCUUCGUCUCUUCAAGAUUUAGCAUUCAACUCUUCCAGUCUACUUGUUUAUGUUGAAUGAUUUUGUUGGAUAUACACGUCAAGUGUCCAGCAUUCCCAUCCUGGGCAGGGAUCUACCCUCAUCGGGAACUGUUGGCCGCUUUGGAAGCUUCUAACGUGAAAUUCUUUUCUGCUGCAAGUAUUUUCCCAACAAGAUUGGAUUCGCACUCACAAAGAAGAUGUUGUACAAGAGGAGCAUUCUUGCUUUCUAAACACGAUACUAUUAGUGUUUUUCUUAAUUUUGUAAACCCAUUUACUUCCUAUGAUAAACCAUGUUCCUUUGAGUUUUUA